GAGAACCCAACAACAGAAGAUCCACCAGGAGUCUUCACAGGUGGGCUGGGUAACUGAUGUGCAGGCAGGACGCUAGCAGGCCAGUGGAUAGCCAACUGAGGAGAAGGCAAGAGGCUAAUUAAGUGGGAGGCAGCCCAGGCUCUAAUGAUACAGUGGCUACAGACUGGGAGCAGAAAUUGGAAGAUGCAGGGGAGUCUGGAAUGACUGGUCUGGAAAUCCUGAGGGCAUCUGGGGGAUGGAUGGAUAAUGCCAUUGGCGGCAAAGCUUCGGAAAAAUGAGCUAAGUGGGAAACAAAUCAGGAUGCAGAUGGUUCCUCCACCAGGUUAAUGGCUCUGUUUUUAGAUGUUGCGGCCUCACACUGGAAAGAUGUGGCUAAAGUUACGAGGGGAGCAAACCACUCCUCUGCUGUCAAUAUGGUAGGUACAGUAUCAAAGUGUUGGAAACAUCUUUACGGUAAAGCAUACCAUACUGUGUUAAUGGAAACAAUCAAUAUCAGCUACUACUAUAAAAGACUGUAUAACAAUUUCUUUUAAAAAAGCUGGUUAAAAUCUGAAAUUAAUUUCACUAGCUUAAGUCGGCCCAGCAAAAACAAAGAUACCACCUCCAGCAUGUACCACCUUAUACUAGGACAGAAAAAGGUUUCCCUGUGUGGAACCACCUCCAUUUGGUUCACUGGUGAUGAUACAGUCAUGGCCACAAGGCGGUGAAUGAAAAUUGCUUCUACACAACUGUCUGAAAUGGAAGGAACCAUAAGGACAACUUACACGAAAAUGUAAGCUUUAAAUAUACAGACAACCAUCUAAUGAGCUGAUGAGAUCAUUUUUAUUGCCUGGUCUGACAAAAGUUGUGUGUAACUUUUGUACCGGAUGAUGGGAUUAGAUUUGAAGAACUUGCAUAAAAGUUUUGAUGUGUCAUUUGUACGUAUCAAAAACUUCUAUUGUAUUUCAAAAGAUAACACCAUCUGAAGAAUGUCUUAACAUUCUGCGUCAGCACGUUUUCUUCCUGAAAGCGUGUUUGUGGGCAGUUUGAUGAACAGGAUAAGCAACUUAAAAAACACCCCACCUCUUCGGUUGAAAGCGCCCUGAAAGCACUGGAGCACAGUUCAGUUGCGGACAUUGCAGAGUUACAGCCACACGCGCCAUGAAGAACUUCACCUUGAUAGCAGCUUUGACUCUCUGCAGCUUUAGCUGGAUCUCUGCCUCAGUCUCUCAGUCUCAGACUGUGGAGGCUCAGCCUGGUGAAGGAGUCACACUACAGUGCAACAACAAUGGUGAGGUGAUAUUCUGGUUCAGACUGGUCGACAGAACCGAGGUCAGCUGUGUCUCUGUCAUGAUCCACUCUAAUGAAGCUAAAUACUUCGAAGGAUAUCAAAAUGGGAGAUUUGAAAUGAGAAGCAGCAACAACAUUGUCUCUCUCAAAAUCCAUAUUGUGGCUAAAUCUGAUGCAGGACUGUAUUUCUGUGGAUUUUACACUGGUGGAAAUUUCACUUUCAGUGUCACACGUUUAAAUGUCAAAGGCAGCAAUGAGCCACCUGGUGACGAGGACAGCGGAUAUAAAAGAGAGUCUGAUGGAAUAGCAAUGCUGACAAGUGUGAUCCUUGGUGCUCUGACUGUUGUCCUCGUACUGGUCAUCAUCGGUCUGGUUAUUAAAGUCAGGAAACUUCAGACAGGUACUUUUUCAGUUACUAUGUCUUGUUGCCAGUGGAAAUUUUUUUACAUUUUGUCAAUAUGCUGGAAAAUUGACCAGAUGUUUUCUUUUUGUCACAUAGCUCUUAAGGAAAACCAGAAUCCAGAGCAACACGAGAAUGUGGGCCGUGAUGAUGACGUGAACUACGCAGCAGUGACAAUUCGACCGAAAGCAAAAAGAAGACAGCAGGAGCCAAAUGUUAUCUAUGCUUCAACCCGAUAGACUCAGGAGGCAACUGGAGCUGACGCUCUAUUAUAUGAAAAUGCUUUGAGCUUUUGUAUGCCAUGUUGGUGACAGCAGUUACCAUUCCAGCCAAGCUGUUUUCUUACGCAAUAAAGAUCAUGUGUUCAUCCAUUUGUAAGUGUCUUCCUACAACUGGUAUGUUUUGAUGGAGGAACCAGUAACGACAAUGAUGACUGCCCAGGUUGCGUUAUAGUGAGAGGUAGAUUAAGGUCUCUGACAGUGGAGGAGUGAGUGAAGCACACAUCACUAGUUUGACAGGAAGAGAUAGCACAAUGUGGUCUGAGCACAACAGGGGUGAAAAACUUGAUGCCUGUUAGAUCAAAGCUUUCUAAUAAAAGAAUCUGAAAUGAAGCAGCGAAUUCUGACUGAGAAAAAAACUAGUCUCUGGAGCUGUGUAGAGGUUAUACAGGACAACAAUAUAAACACUGAAUAUUCUAACUAUGAUAGCAUAGCAUGAAAAUAUGUGCUAUGACUUAAAAACAGAAUGUAUUAAAAGUAAAAUUCAUUCAGUGAAAGACAAGGAAGAGGGUCUGAUCCUCCUCCUGAUCCCAGCAAAAGACAAGGAAGAGGGUAUACUGGUCAAACACACAACC